AUAUAUAUAGUGCGCAAUUUGCAGUUUCUUCAUUUCUCGCAGAUCAUCUUUUCCUGAUUCGUUUUGUGAAGCGCGUAGGAGGAAGACGAUCGGGCUUUGAGUUCGUCUUCUUUAUCCUUGGAAGUAUUCAUCUAGAUCUGUUUGCUUACUUCUCCUGCUUUAGAGAAAGAUGGGGCUCACAUUUACGAAGCUCUUUAGCCGUCUCUUUGCGAAGAAGGAGAUGCGGAUUCUGAUGGUCGGCCUUGAUGCUGCCGGUAAGACCACGAUCCUCUACAAGCUGAAGCUCGGAGAGAUUGUUACUACCAUCCCAACUAUUGGGUUCAAUGUAGAGACUGUUGAGUACAAGAACAUUAGCUUCACCGUUUGGGACGUUGGUGGUCAGGAUAAGAUCAGACCAUUGUGGAGGCACUACUUCCAGAAUACACAGGGUCUGAUUUUCGUUGUCGAUAGUAAUGACAGAGAUCGUGUUGUCGAGGCCCGGGAUGAGCUGCACAGGAUGCUAAAUGAGGAUGAGCUGCGUGAUGCUGUCUUGCUUGUGUUUGCAAACAAACAGGACCUGCCAAAUGCUAUGAAUGCUGCUGAAAUCACUGAUAAGCUUGGUCUUCAUUCACUUCGUCAGCGACACUGGUACAUUCAGAGCACUUGUGCCACCUCUGGUGAGGGCCUCUAUGAAGGGCUUGACUGGCUUUCCAGCAACAUUGCCAACAAGGGUUGAGAGGCAGAUUUUUGUUGGAGUGCGCGGAUGGUUUGAAUUCUUCUCACGCUCCAGCGGAGUAUUUUCAUCUCCUUCUUUUACUUUAAAAAGCACAUCUUCUAUUCGCUGUGAUGGAAAAUCUUGUGUGGAUGUCGAAAUAUUAUCUCUUGUGUUUUGCAGUUGCAGUGUUGCUAAUCGUCUUGCAAAUUCUAUUGGUUCCGGUGUUACGUGCGGUUUUAUGAUAGCUAUUCACUGUUUGGAAGAGUUUUUUCUUGCAUUAUAUAAGUAUAAAAAGACUUCAACUAUUAUAUUAUUGAGAUUCUGUUUGAUAAAUUUAGAUUUUUUUUGUUGUUGAAAUAAAAUUUAUUGUUUCUAUCACUUUAA